AUGAACCCCAAGGCGGCUUCAAAGAAGCGCAAGGCUGUCACUCGCGAUGUCGAGGAGGAAGCUGGUGUCUUUUCCGGUGACGAAUUGAGCAAAGGCAACCUCGAUGGAGCCUUGUCGGACAACUCCAAAGAUCUCUCGGGCAGCGAAGACGACGACAGUGACUCGGAAGUCGAGCUAGUCGAUGACUUCAGCGACUCGGAAGAUGGAGAAGAUGAAUUGGACAGCGACGAGAUUCCCUCUGAUACAGAGGAAAUCAAGCCAGCUGCCGGUGAACCUAACUUCCGCAUUGUGAAGGACGCCAACGGAAACGAUCGCUACCUCUGGGAUGAAAUUCACCCAGACGACAACUCGGAACUCUCCGAGGUGGAUGAAAAUGCCAACACCAUUGGCGACAUCCCCCUGAAGUUCUACGACGAAUAUCCCCACAUUGGUUACGACAUCAAUGGAAAGAAAAUUAUGCGUCCCGCCAAGGGCGAGGCCCUGGAUGCGUUGUUGGAUAGCAUUGAAAUCCCCAAGGGCUGGACCGGUCUGACUGACCCCAAGACCGGUAAGCCUCUGGAGCUCAGCCAGGAGGAAUUAGAGUUGCUCCGCAAGGUGCAAAUGAACGAGGUCCCCUCCGAGGGCUACGACCCAUAUGAGCCAUUGGUGGAAUGGUUCAGCAGCGAAAAGGAGAUCAUGCCCCUGAGCGCCGCACCCGAACCCAAGCGCCGUUUCGUGCCAUCCAAGCACGAGCAGAAGCGUGUGAUGAAGCUUGUGAAGGCCAUCCGCGAGGGCCGCAUUCUUCCUUACAAGGCGCCAGAGGAGAGAGAAGAUAAGGAUGAGGAACUCAUCAACUACGAUCUGUGGGCUGACGAAGCUGAGCGACCUGACCACGUCAUGCAUAUCCCGGCACCCAAACUCCCACCCCCUGGCUACGAGGAGAGUUACCACCCGCCUGCUGAGUACCUGCCCGAUAACAAGGAACGUAAGGAAUGGGAACAGACAGAUCCCGAGGAUCGCGAGAAGGAUUACCUACCCAACGACUUUGGCUCCCUGCGCAGAGUUCCUGGAUACGACAACUUCGUCCAAGAGAAGUUCGAGCGUUGCUUGGAUCUCUACCUUGCUCCGCGUGUGCGUCGUAGUAAGCUGAACAUCGACCCCGAGAGUCUCUUGCCCAAGCUCCCCAGCCCUGAGGAGCUCAAGCCUUUCCCCACUGCCUGUGCCACAGUCUUCCGCGGACACAAGGGCCGUGUGCGCUCUGUCAACGUGGACCCAACUGGAGUCUGGCUGGCUACUGGUGGCGACGACGGUACCGUCCGCGUCUGGGAACUCCUCACAGGUCGCCAACUGUGGAGCGUGAAGCUCAGCGAUGACGAGGCGGUCAGCACUGUCCGCUGGCGUCCGGGCAAGGAUGCUGUCAUCCUCGCUGCCACCGCAGGAGACGACAUCUUCCUCUCUGUUCCUCCCAUUGUCGACCCUGAAAUCGAGAAGGCCAGUCUGGAUCUCCUCGACGCAGGCUGGGGUUUCGCCGCCUCUCGACCGGCCCCCAGUGCCUCAGAGGAAGGCAAGAAGAACGCGCCCCCAACCUGGAUCCGUCCCUCGUCCGCUCUCGUGGAUGCCGGUGUGUGCGUCGUCAUUCCCCUCCGCUACGUGCCCAAGACUAUCUCCUGGCACCGCCGCGGCGACUACUUCGUGACACAAGCACCUGACACAAUUCCCCUUCCGGCGCCGCCUCAAGGGUGGUGGUCCCCCCAGACCGCCCACUUCCACCCGUCGAAACCCAUCCUGUUCGUUGCCAACCAGCGCUCGAUUCGCGCAUACGAUCUCUCACGCCAGCUCCUCGUCAAGAUCCUGCAGCCUGGUGCACGCUGGAUCUCGUCGUUCGACAUCCACCCGACCUCUUCGAGCGCAUCCGGCGGCGACAACAUCAUUAUUGGCUCGUACGAUCGUCGUCUGCUCUGGCACGAUCUCGACCUCUCCCAGCGCCCCUACAAGACUCUCCGCUACCACCGCAAGGCUAUCCGUGCCGUCAAGUUCCACCCCAGCGGCCGCUACCCGCUCUUCGCGGAUGCUUCCGACGAUGGAUCCCUGCAGAUCUUCCACGGCAGCGUUACUGGAGAUAUGCUCAGCAAUGCUACCAUUGUGCCGCUCAAGGUUCUCAAGGGCCACAAGAUUACUGGCGAGUUGGGUGUUUUGGAUAUCGACUGGCACCCCCCGCGAGGCGUGGGCUAUGCCGUUGCAUGA